AUGAGGGCCUUGCUCUUCAUCACCUGCCUUUGCUUUACCGAUAGAGCACUGACCAGCAUCUUUGUUCCGAAUGUAGAGUAUGAGGCUGAAAGCCAGCCUCUUCGUCCAUGUGAACUUCAGAGAGAGAAGGCGUUCCAUGAUGGAGAAGACUACAUCCCUCAGUGCUCAGAAGAUGGACAGUUUAGGAAAAAACAGUGCGAUAGAAAGGGUCUUUCCUGCUGGUGUGUAGAUGAAAAGGGCAUUGAAGUCACAGGCACUAAGCGGUCUGGAUCAUCUCUGACUUGUUUGUCCUUCUGCCAGCUUCAAAAGCAGCAAAUUCUGGUCAGCCGCUACAUCAAUAGCAGUGAAACUGCCUACAUCCCACGGUGUCUGGAUUCAGGUGACUUUGACCCGGUGCAGUGUGACUUAGCUCUGGUACAAUGCUGGUGUGUCGACGGUGAAGGGAUGGAGAUUUAUGGGACCAGGCAGAAAGGAAAACCAAGGCAAUGUCCUGGCCGGUGUGAGAUUCGAGACCGUCGCGUUCUGCAUGGCGUUGGGGAAAAAAGCCCUCCACAGUGCUCAACUGAUGGAGAAUUCCUGCCUGUCCAAUGCAAGUUCGUCAACACAACCGAUAGGAUGGUCUUUGAUCUUAUCCAUCAUUUUAACAGGUUUCCCAAAGCAUUCUUAACGUUUAGUUCCUUCAGAAGUUUAUUUCCUGAAAUCAACGGAUACUGUUACUGUGCAGACAGUCUUGGGAGAGAACUAGAAGAUACAGGUCUGGAAAUGUUGCUUGAAAAUGUGUAUGACACCGUUUUUGCAUCGCUGGAACCGGUUCCCACCUUUGCUGAAAGUAGCAUGUAUAGGAUCCUACAGAGACGUUUCCUGGGGGUACAACUAGCAACUACUGGCAGAUUCAGAUGCCCCUCUAAGUGUGAAAUAGAAUAUUUCACGGCCACUCAUUUUGAGGAGGAUUAUAAACCAUUUUGUGAAGAGAUUGGUGCCUACAAGCCAACACAAUGUCAACUGAAUGGAGAAUGUUGGUGUGUCGACAGCAGAGGACAGGAGAUCCCUGGAACAAGAAGGAGAGGACAGCAACCGAUCUGUGGCAAGGAGCCCAACUGUGUCUCUGAGAGACUAGUAUCUCUAUCCAGGCUUUUCUAUGGCCCCGUUGGUCAUUUCAGCCAUAACAAUCUGUUUUCUGCUACUCCAGAGCCACAGAAAUUAGUUGGCUCCUUGAGAUUUUGUCCUUUUUCAUUCAGAGACUUUUUUGUGGGUUCCACAGUGCUGUCUUCCACCUCAGGAAAAACCAGUGCUGUUCAUCUCCUCACAUUUGAAACCCUCCUUGGUGAAGCCGUUGGUGGGAUGUUUCCUUCACGAGAACUUGCUCAGAUUGCCCUGCGGUUCACCAGCAACCCCAAGCGAUUCCAAGAAAACCUUUUCGGUGGAAUGUUCUUGAAGAAUCUGGUCCAGUUUAACUUUACAGGAGCUCUUGGUCCAAACAGCAAAUUUAAUCUGGAUAAAUAUUUCCAGCAGGUUGGGAUGAGGAGUGGAUUCGGUGAAAUGGCUGGUCAACUUUUGCAGGGAAGCUCCCAGGAGAAAUUUAAUCUGAGCCAAUCUCUUGUUGACAGCUUUGGCCGUAAGGUCAGUUUAGAGGACAAUCAGAAUGCCAUCCAAUUCCUUGCUUCUCUUCUUGAAGCCCCGGAGUUUUUCAGCUUUCUGAAGCAUGUGAUUUCUGUCCCAGAAAGUGUCACCAAAGAUUUAGGCAAUGUGGUGAGGAUUCUGUUGAAAGCAAGAGACUGCACAGAAGAGGACAAAGAUGUCUUCGUCCCUGACUGUACUAUAGAUGGGAACUACAAGGAGAUCCAAUGUAAUAGAGGGGAGUGUUGGUGCGUAGAUUUAAGGGGGAAAGAAAUCCCCAGAUCCAGAGUGCGAGGGACAAACCCACGGUGUCCUACAGUGUGUGAAAAGCAAAGGGCCAGUUUGCAACUCUUAAUAAGAGACCAGCCUGCAGGAUCUGAGAUGUUUGUUCCUUCAUGCACCAAAGAAGGGAAAUUCCUGCCAGUCCAGUGUCAUGGAAAACACUGUUUCUGUGUCAAUUCAGACGGCAUACCUGUUCCAGCAAUAAGUACCAAUUCUGGAGACCCCAUACAAUGUCCAAGUGACUGUCAUCUUGCAGCUGGUCAAGCUUUUCUGAGAUCUGCUCAGCAGUUUCUAUUGAAUCCCACUGCUCUGACUCAACUGUCCAACGUUUACGUGCCUCAGUGCAGUCUUGAUGGACAGUGGAGGCCAAUCCAGUGCAAUGGUCCACCUGAACAAGCUUUUGAGUGGUAUCAAAGGUGGAAUACCCAGAACAAUAAUAACAAUGUGCUCGCUAUCCCUGACUUGGCAAACAUACUCCUCGACUACAAGGCAAGAUCCCAGCAAAGCUUUGAAGAUUUUAUCAAAAUUCUCUACACAGCUGGCCACCAGAAUGUUUUCCCAGAAUUCUUCAGAUACUCAUCUUUCGAAGCUGUUCCUCAAGAUCUGCUGAAGGGCAAUACAUUACAGAUAUCUGAGAACGCUUUACUGGACCCAUUCACUUUUUGGCAGCUUCUUCAAGGUCGCCUUAACCAUUAUCCAGGGUCUUACAGUGAUUAUAGUAUCCCCUUGGGCCAUUUUGAUCUUCGCAACUGUUGGUGUGUGGAUGACAAGGGACGCUUGCAAGAAAGGCAAGCCAGUGUAAACCAAGUUCCAACUUCUUUGAAAUUUUAUCGGAAGAGUCUGUUUGCAUCCCUGGACUCUGCGGGGGAGGCUCUGCGCUUGGCCUUUCUGCCUUAUAUUCCCCAGUGUGAUGGACAAGGGAACUGGGAGCCCAUCCAGUGCUAUGAGAGCACAGGCCCCAGCUACUGCAAUCUGUUGAAGUCGAAGGCUCUGGUGCGGGAAAUUGGUAGAGGCUACAUCCCUGAAUGUGAAAGACUGCAGCCAUUCCAGAGUGUCCAGAUCCAAACCCAGUUUCAGCUCAUCUUGCCUCCCGAGAAGACCUGCAGCCCUGACUAUUCUGGGUUGCUGGAGACAUUCCAGAUCUUCAUUCUGGACGAGCUGAAGUCUCGUGGCUUUUGCCAUAUUCAGGUCAAUAUUUUGGGGAACUUGGUGUCUGUUCCAGUCUGUGGAGAUUCUGCUGUCCUGGUUCAAUGUGCGGCUGCUGACCGUCUGGGAGCGAACAUCACGUGGCAAGCUAUGCUCAAAAAUGUGCCAGCUACUGCACUUCCUGAUUUAUAUGACAUUGAGAAAGCCAUGGUUGGUGAGAAUCUCCUCGGACGUUUUGAAGAGCUAAUCAAGACUGGUGGUUUUAUCCUCCACUUGGACAACAAGCAAUUCCAAGCAGACACUUCUCUCCGUUCUCCUGGAAGAGGAGAGUCUGGGAUGUCUCCUAAAGUUUCCUUGGGAUGCAAGAGUGGUUUCCACAAAGUCUUAAUUACUGGAGAAGUGAUACCAAAUUCUCAAGGAUGCGAAUGCGAGGAGGAUGAGUCCUGUGGAUUUCUCACCCUGUCAGCCAUGGGCUCAGAAACAUUGUGUGAGCUGUACAGUGCUCGGGAGAGCAAUUAUAACUGCUCUACUUCUGGACUGGUUCACGGUGCUUGGGAUAAUUCUCUCGCCACCAGCAUUGCCGGUCUCAGAUGCCUAAUUAAAGUGAGAAGCCCAGAUAAGAAAGAUUCGUUGAAUGUAUACCUGAAAAAAGGACAAGAAUUUACUACAGCGGGAGUCAAGAGAUUCGAAAAGACUGAUUUCCAGGAUGUUGUUUCUGGCGUUUACAGCAUUUCGGUUGUAUCAGCAUCUGGUACAUCUUUAACAGAUGUUCAUCUCUUCUGCCGCCAAGCCUGCCACCAAGAUGCUUGCUGUGAUGGCUUUAUCUUAAGCCAGCUCAUACUAGAUGGAGCUUCUACAAAGGAACUCUUUUCUAUAGUGGAAAGCAACCAAAUUUUGACAGAACUAAACCGUCGUCUGCCAUCCCAAAAAUACUGGCUUUUCAAGCAGAGAUACUCAGCUGAAGAGGCUCUUCUCUUGUGUCUCACACGUUGCGUAGAAGAUGAGUUUUGUCUACUGGCCGAUAUCCCGAAUAAGACAGAUACAGCAUUUUUUCCUUGCACCCUCUAUCCAGCAGCCCAAGUCUGUAACACUUCCAUUAACAAUAUUCCCAACAACUGCAAGAUUGUGUUACCUCAAAACCCCCAACUUUUAUAUCAGAAGACAGUAUCUCUUGAAGGGAGCGUCAAGAAUUUUUACACUCGUUUACCAUUCCGUAAAGUAUCAGGAGUCUCUGUGAGAAACAAGAUGGAUAUGUCUGGGAAAACAGUGUCAAAUGGUUUUUUUGACUGUGAACGGCUUUGUGAUGCUGAUCCUUGUUGCUCGGGUUUUGGACUUCUAAAUGCUUCCCAAGACACAGACAGCAAGAUUUUGUGUUUGACUCUGGGCAGUUUGGGAAUUCAAACCUGCAGCGACGAAUUAAGAAGCGAUUGGCAGAUUUCUCCUUGUACGUCUCUGGAAACUGAGGCCAGGGUGCAUCCCUUCGGCUGGUACCAGAAAUCUU